AUGUCUUUAAUCGACGACUUCAUAGAACAAUCAAAUGAGGUGCUGGCACCGUCUAAUGUUAGCAACUUAUUUUUGGACGUUCCGGGUUUCGAGCCGGCCGAUCCAGUUCAUAUGUUAGAAACUGGUUUUGUUAGUGCUGGUUUGGCUGAAGACGAUUCCGGUAUUUUUACUUUAGAUCGUGUUCAAUUUCAACCUCAAGCCCCAAUGGUUGCAAUGGCUGUAUCAAAUAAUGUUCUCGUAAUGGCCUUGGAAUCAAAUCAUAUCUUAAGAAUUGACUUACAACAAGCACACAAUGUUGAAGAUAUCGAAAUGCCACGUAAAUCCAACGAAGUGAAGAUCUACAAAGUAUUCUUUGAUCCAACCGGUCGACAUUUACUUAUUACCACCGAACAAGGAGAAAACUUUUAUAUAUUUGAAAAAUUGAAAAAAGCAAAAGUUCUUACAAAGUUUAAAGGUAUAAUAAUUGAGUCUGUUGGAUGGAAUAAAACCAUAGGAAUUUCUGACACUUCAACCAAAAAGAUUCUAAUUGGAAGUCGUAAUGGUGUGAUUUACGAAGCUGAAAUAGAAUCAACCGAUGAAUACUUUAAGAGAGGGGGAGGGGAUAAAUACAUCAGACAGGUAUAUUCGUUAAAUGAUAGUCAUCCUAUUACUGGUCUUCGAGUCGAAGAGUUUCCUGCCAUUCCUCGAAAAUAUUUCAUAUUAGCUACAACUCCUACGAGAAUAUAUCAAUUCAUAGGCCACGCAAACCCUGGUGUUGAUAUAGAUGGUAGCUCUAUGUUUGAGGGACUGUUUGCCAAAUAUGGACAUAGCCCAGACUUUCAGGAAAUUCCCGGAAACUUGCCAUACAGUGAAUUACACUUUUUUUCUCAAUAUCAAGAUAUACAAUAUCAAGGAUCGGCUAAAAAUUUCGCGUGGUUGACUACCCCUGGCAUUUAUCAUGGCAGUCUUGUCUUUGGGUCUCAAGACCAUGUGGUUGAUAGCGCAAAAUUGUUACCGUACCCUUCAAUGCCUUCGGAAAAUGAUCCAUCUACCAUGGUCACCGAAAAUCCUUUGUCAAUUGCUCUUACCGAAUUUCAUUUUAUUUUGUUAUAUAAAGAACGUGUUAGAGCUAUUUGUCAGUUAAAUGAUCAAACAGUUUAUGAAGAAAUUAUCCCCCUUAAAGCUGGUGAGGAGGUGAAAAGCAUGGCCGUAGAUAGCGUCAAGAAUACAUUUUGGAUUUAUACUGAUUGUUCCAUAUUUGAGCUUAUUGUAUCAAAAGAAGAUAGAGACGUAUGGAAGUUGUAUCUAGAAAAACAACAAUUUGAUACUGCUAUACAAUAUUGCAAGAAUCCUGCUCAACGUGAUGAAGUUCUUACUACUCAGGCAGAUUAUUACUUUUCUCAAUGUCGAUUCCUUUUAUCGGCAACUUACUACGCCCAAUCCACUGUUCCUUUCGAAGAAGUCGCGCUUAAAUUUGUAGAACGAGAUGAAAGAGAUGCAUUAAGGAACUAUUUAUUGAAAAAAUUGGAAAAGCUUCGGCGUACGGAUUUGACACAGAAAACAAUGAUUGCUACUUGGCUCGUCGAAAUAUAUAUUAGUAAAAUUAAUAUGCUUGAGGAUUUAACAGCAUCAGGUUCUGGUUCCGAAGACACUAGUAAUUAUAAAGCUGAACAGCAAGCUUUAGAAGGGGAAUUUCAAAAUUUUCUAGAACAUCAUGGACGUACGGAUGAGCUUUUAUUUUAUGCUGAAUUAAUUGGCGAUUACGACAAAGUAAUUUCUCAUUGGAUUCAAGAAAAAGAUUAUAAACGAGCUUUAGAUGUCCUUAGUAAACAAGCUUCAAUUGAUGUUUAUUAUAAAUUUUCCCCAAUUUUAAUGGAAAAUGCACCAUAUGAAACGGUUAAUGUCUGGAUGAGACAACCAAAUCUCAACCCUAGAAACUUGAUGCCUGCGUUAUUGAAAUAUGAUCACUCAAAAACUUCAGAAGGCGUUACUCAAAAUCAAGCUAUAAGAUAUUUACAUUAUGUAGUAACGCAAUUGAAUAACACUGAUCCGGCAAUUCACAAUUUUCUUCUUACAUUAUAUGCCACACAACCUACAUCAAAUAAUGAAGAGUCCUCUCUGCUGAAAUUUUUGGCUACAGAAGGAAAAGACCCUUAUUAUAACAUGGACUACGCACUAAGACUUUGUAGUCAGAAUGGAAAGACACAAAGUUGUGUACAUAUCUAUAGCAAUAUGGGUCUUUUUGAGGAAGCUGUUGACCUAGCCUUAAAGCAUAAUGAUUUGGAGCUUGCAAGUAUCAAUGCUGACAAGCCAGAAGAUGAUGAAGCAUUGCGUAAAAAGCUUUGGCUUAAGAUUGCGAGACACGUGGUUGAGAAAAAACAAGAUAUUAGCAUGGCAAUGAAUUUUUUGCAGCGUUGCGAACUACUUAAGAUCGAAGAUAUUUUACCCUUUUUCCCUGACUUUGUUCUAAUUGAUGAUUUCAAGAGUGAAAUAUGCGCUGCUCUUGGGGAGUACAAAACACACAUCGAAGAUUUAAAACAAGAAAUGGAAGAAGCAACCAAAAGUGCAGACAGCAUUCGAAACGAUAUACGGGAGUUGCGAAUCACGUCCGGAGAGAAAUGUUCAUUAUGCGAUUCUCAACUCUUGACAAGACAAUUUUACAUAUUUCCGUGUCAACAUGCAUUUCAUUCUGAGUGUUUAAUCCAAGAGGUUACAAAGCAUCUCAAUACCGUCCAACUUCGCAAAAUUUUGGAACUUCAAGAGCAAAUAGCAAAAGAAAUAUCUAAUUUUAAUCGUGCGCCAGAUAACACAGCACGUGAACGCAAUUCUUUUGCGCCUGGAGGUCUAGAUCGGUUAAAAGGGUUGAUAUUACCAGAUGUUGCUACACACAGUGGUGAUGAUGUAGCUGUAGUCGUGUCAAAGGUUGAUCAAUUGAAGGAUGAGUUGGAUGACUUAGUAGCCUCAGAAUGUGUUUUGUGUGGUGAUAUGAUGAUCAAGACUAUUGAAAAGCCCUUUAUUAAUGAAGAAGAAA